AGGGCUGAGUUUGUUUACAGGUUUGCAGACUGAUUAAAACACUUCUUUUUUGUUGUGUUUUCAUGUUACUUUUUUAAGCUUCACUUGGACUAUGAAGUAGGGCUUACCAUCAGAGGCACGAUCCUAAAAUGCAUUCAAGACCACCAAAUUCGUCCGAUGGCUCGACCGCAGUAACAGCAUCGGAGGCCAGCGGAGGAGAUCUACCACCUGUCGGUGCCACAGGAGCGCAAACAUCCCGUUUAAACCGCGGCUCUACCGGAGGAGGAGAACCGGAUUCGCCUUCCUGGUGCAGAACCCCGAAGAGCUUUGACGUUUUUCAGAGCCGGACGAUAUUCCGCUUCCCUCGCCGUUCCUCCAGUGGAUAUUUUUCGUCUGACUGCGACUCGUUGCCAAGCUCCCCGCUCUCCCCGAAGCCAGUGAUGUCUGACAAAGCGGUACAGACCCCGAGCCUCACCGGACAGGUUCUAAUACACGCCCUGCAGCGCAUGGGUGAGGUGCGCGGUGAAGAACCGGGCACGCAACACGAUCCGUCACCCAGCCCCUCUAGAACGUGGCAGCAAAACGCAGCAGGGGACAUGCAGGCAGAGACAUUUGGACAACAGCUCAGACGAAUAGGAGACGAGUAUAAUCGUCUCCUAUUGCAAAGGAGGGCACCAAGACCGGUUGUUCUCCUGCCGAACAUAGUGCCUCAUAUCCACCAGGAGCCUGUCACCCUUAUCUGUGUAGGCCUACUGCUGAUACUGAUUGGGCGAUGGAUUUGGAUACAAGGCAAUACAAACACCCAGGACACCCAGGUUUAAAAUGAGAGUGGUAGACCUAGAAACCCGGCAGACGUAGCAUUUUUUUACUAACUGUUUUUGGAUCUACUUUUUGGUGGGGGGGGGACUCAUUUUUACCCUCUACUCUCUGCUUUUCCAUUCGCAAAAAAGACUCCUGUUGUCUCCUGGAACUCUAAUCCUUUUUUUGUGUUUGCACCAAUGUUUUUCCGUCAUGGCCUCAAAGAUUUUGUGAUGCUACCAAAGAGGCAAGAUUUUGCACUUCUUUGUGGGCAGGGGCAGUCGCAAUACCUUAAUAUGCCUCUGCAAAAUGACGCCUGUGGAAAUUCAAAUGUGCCUUGAACAGUUUCUCGUUUACUUCGCUAGCUUUCUAUACAUUUUUUUUUUGUACAAAGAUUAUGUUCUCCCCAGGUCAAAAUAUCUGUCAAAAUGGAUGACUUUGGUUUGGAAUUGCACCUGCAUCACAUUCAUUGCCAUCAUGCAGCAGACUCAUCACCUCUGUAGGAAUCAGCCGGACCAGACUUGCAUUAGUAUCCAACUUGUUUUUAAAAAUACUUGUGGCAGAUUGACAGCACACCAGC